UAUUGUUUCAAGUUUAUUACAGUGCUUAACCUAUCAUUUUCACGAUGACAUUUCUUCAAUUUAUUCUCUUAGUGUUUGCUGUUGCGAGAGUGUCAAUUUCUUCUUUGACUGGCAAUAUGACCGGGUCAUCAUCCUUCGUCCCAUCGGACACUUAUUUUAUCACCUUCGUGGUUCCUGACAGAUAUGAAUUUGUGGGAGAACAGUGCUAUCGUUUCAGUCGCUAUUUCUGCUUGGUUGGAUUCGUGACGGACAGUGUGCACAGCAACAGGCAGAUUCAGAUGGGGGAUGUGGCUGAGUUUAGAGGCUUGAUAGCUUACAACUACCACCAAUUCAACUAUUUCUCCUUCAGAAGCGAAGACUUGCCAUACGGAUGUUGCAACUACCAAUCUAACACUUUCCAGGCAAACGGUCAGAGUUUUGGCUACUCGCCCAGGGAGUACUUCAACAUCUUGUCUACUUUGGGGAACCCUCUAGAGAAAAGAGACCUGGUGUUUAUCACAUCGAGAUGGGACGAGCAAGUAUGCAUGAACAUAAUUGGCCAGAUAGACUUCGGCCAAGGGUAUUUCAUCCUGGACGGAGCUUAUGAAGGUACUAGAUUUCCAUUUGCAUUUCCACCUCUUGGAGAUUCCACCGAAGUUCUGGUAAUCUCGGGUCAACGAGUUCAACCAGAUCUGACCUUCAACAGGUUCUUACAGAACGUGGUUUGCAAAGAGAAGCCGAAUUUUUGCGAAACAAGCACGUCAACAACUACACCUGAACAAGAAGAUGUGAGAAAAAGAUUGUUCCACGAUAUUUGAAAAAAGAUAAAGCAGAUUUAAACGCAGUUUCAAAUUUCAUGUUUCGAGUACUGAAACGCGGAAGUAAAUUCGAUAUGGCGUGGUUUUUUUUUUCUUUUUUACGAAGUAAUUUGACACUUGAGCCAGAUUUGGUGCAGUGACUUUAUCGAUUAAAAUUAUGUAAAUGGUAA